CUCUCGAUUUCCCGCCAAUUCUCCUCACCGGAAAACCCUAACCGCGCCGUGCACCGGCACACCGAUUCACAGUGAAACAAUACUGGCGGAGGAAAAGGAACCCGAUCGAACUCUGAUCUUACUAAAAUGGCCACGAGAGUCACUUCAAGAGACGUUCAGGAGAUCGUCGCGAAGCUCUCUUCGGAUAAAGCCAAAGCUCGAGAUGAAGGAAUUAAAUUGUUGAACACAUGGCUAGAAGGGGAGAGAUCAAUCGGAUUUUGUAGAUUUUUGUCGGAGAAAACCUCGAUGCUUAAACCUAAUGACCUUCCACACUCUGAGACCUGGCCUUUUCUUGUGAAAACUUUAAUACAAUGUUUGUCACUGGAGAUCUCCUCAAGCAAGAAGCGAUUACCAAAGUUAAAUCUUGCGAAGACACUUCGGAUUGUCGUGCAACGAGCUGAGGACGAUAGAUCUUCUGGCAAAAGUCCGCCUCUCUUACCCGUGGCUAGAGUACUUUUCAAUCAUGUAUGGGAUGUCCUCAAGGAUGUGCCAAGUUUUCAAUCUGAGUAUGGCAUUAUCCUACGACAUCUUUUGGCAGUUGCAGAUUAUAGAUUCCACAUGCGCAAACGUGUUUAUUCUAAUCUUGUACUUCUAUACAUGGAAAAGAUUGAAACAAGCUUGAGUACUGAAAACAUUGGCCAAUUAAACCCCAAAGAGGAGGUUUUCCGCUUCACCCUGACUCUGCAGUCACUUCUUGAAAACCCUCCCGGAGAUAUUCCCGAGGAGCUUCGAGACGACAUGAUUAAGGGUUUUAUUGGAAUGUUUUCUCACGUGAGAGAUGAGGGAAAAAUUUCGCGUAAGCUUGUUGAGUGCAUCAAUAUUUACUUGGUAAAGGAUGGACCAAACUUGGGUUGCAAAUCCCUGGAAAUUCAUGAAGCAGUACAGCAAUUUGUGUUUCGCUGCUGGUUUGCAACUCAUGAUCGAAGUCUAAAGGAUGCACUUGUUUGCUAUGUGAAGUUGCAACUAAGUCUGACAAGAGGGGUUGUUGAUGGUACUGCUUUACUUGAACAACUUCUGGAUAUCGUCAGCAAGGAGCUUGAUCAAAUGAGUACUUCCAGCGCUAAUAUACCUAGGAGUGACGCAAUCCGGGAUGAAAAGUGUGGAUUCUUAACUAGCUCACAGCACAGUGUGGUGGAGCUUGCAGCCCUUGUCUUUUGGCGGGCAUGCAGUAAUACAUCAAAAACAGCAGCAAGUGCUGAUAAGCGAGCCAGACAGGAGCAUGUUGUGGUCCAGAUAAAAGAGCGGCUCAUGGAGGGGAAAUGGUCAUGGCAUGCUGCAUUUUGCUGUCUUAUCCGCAAUUAUUCAACUGGCAUAAGGAAAGACUUCUUCAUAUAUUUGUUUGAAAGCGUAUCUAAGGACUUUGAAAGAAUAAUCAACAAUGUGAAUUUGGUACAUUCUUAUGAUGAUCUAUCGUGGACUUUGAGGAGUUUGCUAAGACUUUCUUCCAUGCUGCUUUUUGAUGCUCCAAGUGUGGAAUCCUCAUCAAAGUCAUCUUGUGCCAAGAAUGAGGUUGAGAAAAGUUGGCAUGUAAUCUGGAGCUGUCUCAUGCGUAGUUUGCCUUCAUUCGUUAAUGUCACCUCAGUUGUGGAUGCUGCUUUUAUGCUGCUUUGCAAUAUUAUGUUGAGUGAUACAACGGAUUCAUAUUUUGUUUCUCUGGAGAUAUGGGAUCUUCGGGUGUUUAAACGCUUGCCUUCAAUAUCUGUUUUAUGCUUCAUCUCUUGCUACUUUUCCCGGAGAGCUUCACAAGGUGAUCCUCGAGAUGCUUUUUAUCUCAGACAGAAUAUGCUGCGAGCAGUUUUGGCUCUGGUAAACUUGAAGGAAUGCUCAUCAUUGAAUGACCGAUUGGUUAUUGUGGUGCCAGCAGCUGCAUAUGCCCUUUGUGUUGGUUCUGCUCCUUUGUUAAAUGAGGCUCUAGGACUGUCACCAUUGCUCUAUGGCUCCAAACCCAUGGAGGAAGGGGAGAAGGAAGAGGAACAAUCACUUGAAAAUCUGCAUGAAAUUUUUGAUUGCUCAGUGCAAGUUCUCGCAAGGAUUGAUAAUGAUCUAGGUCAAAAGGUUAAUCUUUCAGAGUACCACCACCGUAUUCGUCUACCACGGGAACAAAGAGAUCAGCUGCUUCAUGAGAUGGAAAAUUAUGUUCAGGAAUGUAUAAUGGAUAAAGAAAUUGAGAAGUUGCUGCUCUCAGAAGUCAUGAACAUAUGCACUCUCUUAUCUAAUUUCAUGUACUGUACAUACUCAACAAGGAUCAGAGAGGAGAUCUCCCCUUUCUUUUUCAGCUUGGGCGAAUCCAUGUUGGAAUUGCUUGAUCAUGCCAUUUCAUCAAUUGAUAAAACUUACAACGAUAUCAUAUCCAGUUGUAUGGGCUUCAACUCUAUAUUCAGUAACAUAGAAUUGACGGUGGCUUCUUUUAAAAGCUUUGUUCGCUCACCUCUCCUUAGCAAAUGGAACGAGAAAAAUGAUGCCGGUUCUGGUUUAUAUCCUAGAAUAGUUCAAUCUGUCGAGAGACUUUUGAAAAGCCUGGCAAAACUGUAUGAAGGAUGUUCAGGAUGCAGAGAGAAUCUUCAUGCAAAAACAACCUGUUCUGACUUUUCAGAGAUCUUUUCCGUUCAUGAUCCUGUUCCACCAAAUAGCAACAAAAGCUUGAUAUUGGACAUGGAGUUGGAUGUGGAUACUGGUUCUAGUGAUGUAGAUGGUUUAAAUGUUGACGGUGAUCAUAUCUCUAGAGUUUCCAAUUCGUUAGUAAAUAAAAAACUGGAUUUCCUAUUAAUCAUGUCAAGCUUUUUCUCAAUUUUGCCAUCUGUUACCUGGGAAGUCCUGUUUCACCUUAAGGAGAAAGAGAAUAAUCCAAAGGUUUCCGAGAAGUUCCUAUUGAUUCUCUGUCAGCAUCCUCAUUGGUCUUCUUGCAGAGAGCUAUCAGAUUUGGUUACGUCUAUGACAGAUGUUAUAAACAUGUGGGAGAGUCUUAAACUUAAGAGUUCACAUAUAUUGAGUGGAAUUUGUAGUUUGAUUGGAAGUCUUCUUCUCCUCCAUGGAUCUGGAAAGCACGUCAAUGUUGCUUAUUCUUCACGGGAUACAGUGUCGGAAGAGUGCUUCGUUUCUCUAGGAGAUUUGGUGAAUAAAGUAUUUGAUAAUAGUUGCUUGGAUUGGCGCGAUCGUACUAAACUUGUUGACUGCAUAUGCAAUUUUGUAUCACUCAGUCCUCAAAUUGCGCAGUCGAUGAUUGACAAGUUGUUUAUGCUGCUCCAAGAUCCUGAUUAUCGAGUUAGGUUAUUCCUAGCACGUCGGAUUGGUGUCCUUUUCCAGACAUGGGAUGGUCAUUCUGAACUCUUCCAAGAUGUAUGUUCAAAUUUCAGCGUGAAGUUGGUUGUUUCCUCAAGGAAAAAGGUUGUUAGAGCAGAGGAAGUAAUAGCUGCUGGUCCUCAGCCUAGUCCAGUAAUGGAAACUACUAUUGUAACUCUCAUGCAUCUUGUUCGGCACAGCGAGAAAAUAGAGUUGCAGGCUGUUUUUAUGAUUUGUGUUGUUGCUGCGAUUGAGCCCUGUCAAAGGGAAUUGAUCUGUGCCAUGCUGGAUAGUAUAUCGACGGAAUUACGCUACACAAACAGGACAAAGUAUAUGGAAGAGCUUAUGGGACCAAUUCUGUUUUGUUGGGUUGCUUCUGGUGUAAGCUUAGUCGCACUUGUUGAGACAAGAGAUCUUUAUGUCUUGAAUGCGGAGCCCAUAAACUUCAUCCAGUAUUGUUGCCAGUGGCUUCUGCCUGCACUGAUCUUGCAGGAUGAUACUUCCAACAUAAAGUGGGUUGCUAAGGUUGCUUGCCAGCCCUGUGCCGAUUUGAUUAAGCAUCACUUUGUGUACAUUUUUUCUGUCUGUAUGGCGUUACACUGCACCAAGAAAGAUGGACACGAUCAGGGAUCUAGGGUGCUGGGAACUUCUAUUCUACAGAUUGCUGAAAUGUCUGAGCAUGAAAGAGAUGAGCUUAUCAGGAAGCGUAUGGUUUCUAUUGUCAAUCAUACAUUGUCUUUAGCUUCCAGUGACUCGGACCCUCCACUUCCAUUCUUCUCUAAAGAUACAAUUGCCUGUGCAAUUCAAACUGUUGUGGAUGGAUUUUUGGAUAGUGAAAACCAGUCUAUAGGUUGCAACCUUGUGGACAAGAUUAACAUAUUUAGACCUGACAGAGUAUUUAUGUUCAUUGUUGAUAUGCAUUACAAAGUUACUGCUGCAGCUCAUCAUCGGCAUAAAUGUCGCCAUUUGGCUGGCAUUGAAGUGGUUGUCAAUCUUCUUGGUUGUAGAGCUGCUAUUCCUAGUACUUUCAGUUACCUUCUGAAUUUGAUUGGGCAAUUUAUUGGCUGCCAUAAUUUAAUGGAUCAAUGUUGUUGCAUUAUCUCCACAUUGCUUAAGAUAACAAGAGAUAAUCCAUCAGUAGAGACUACAAGAGUACUGGGUGAACAACUUCAGUUUCUAGUGUCUAAGUUGGUUGGAUGUUCUGUUCCCUUUGAAUCCGGUGGCAAUCUCUCUGCGACUGCUUCAUCGCAACUGGUACCAUUGCUCCAACAGCUUACCAUCGCUUCUGAUUCAUCGCUGUACGAAUACAUCAAGGAGCUGGAGCCCUUCCCUGAAUUUGAUAUAUUUGAUGACAUAAGGAGGUUCCACCUGGGAUUAUGUGAAACCUACUCACCUAGGGUUCACUUACUCAAUUUUGUGAAGAGAUCUCACUAUGUACCGCCAAGAUUACUUCUUUGCAGUCUGAAAGCAUUGCAUAAGAAUAUGUCCAGAAAGGGAGAGCGUCUAGGAAAAGAGCUUGAUGAGAAUUUUCUCAAAGACGCAUAUUGGCACUCGGACAAUGAAAUUGUUCAUGCUCUUUGGAAUCUUGUCCCAGUGUGCAGCUUAGAUAACACAAAUGACCUCGGUGCCAUGGUGGCUGACUUUAUAUCUAGGGUCGGUAUUGGUGAUCCCCAUCGCGUUGUCUUCCAUCUUCCUGGUGACUCUCAUGUGCAAUUAUCUGGAAUGGUUAAGAUGUUUAGCUCAGCAGAUCCUAAUAUCCACAUGGAUACAUGCAUAUCCAAUGAAGUUCUUCUUGUACUUCUGAGGCAUUUAAAGAAGUAUCUAAUGGAUGAUUCUGUUGAGAUGAUUGAUAUGGCCUCACAAGCUUUACGGGGGAUUCUUUCAACUGAAAAAGGACAACAAUCUUUAUUACACCUGGAUUCCUACGAGAGGUGUCUUAUUGAGGUCCACUCGAAGGGCAUUAAUUUGGAGCUAGUACAAAGUUUAAUUGCAAAUCUACAAAGAAAAUUCAAGGCAAAAUCAAUUUCCAUUGAGGACUCAACUCUGUGGUCUACUUCUGAUAAAACAUUUGAGGCAUGGAUUGGUCCAGUUGUGUGUGCCAUGAUAAGUUACUGUGAUGACCUUAUUCUUAGAUUAUGCCAGGAUAUUGUGCUAGUAAAAUCCGAAGUUGCUGAACUUCUAUUCUCUGAUGUCAUUCUUAAUAUAGCUGGAAGAAAGGAUUCAAAUGUUGAUCUGUGUAAUGUAAUCUCGCUCAAGGUACAAGAAAAUGUUCUUGUCGAGUCCAAUGUGUUAACAAAAAGCAUUCAGGUAAUUUUGCAUGCUCUAAAUGAGCUUCGCCUGUGCCAUGUAAUGGAAAGAACCAAGUCUUCAACUUCAUUUCAUAAGCAGAAGAGUUCAAAGCAUACUAAAAUUACUGGCUCUGGGUUGAAGUCACGUUCUACAUCAGUGAAGGGGAAGGAUCUCGACACACCUUCAGGAUUGGUAGCAUCAACUUUACUGUGGCAAAAGGUUUAUUGGCUUGGCGUGGAUUAUCUAGUUGUUGCAAAGUCUGCUAUUGAUUGUGGCUCCUACUUUACUGCUUUUCUUUAUGUCGAGCACUGGUGUGAGCAGCACUUCAAUAGCCUCACAUUGGGCAGCCCAGAUUUUUCUCAUCAUGAAACAUUGCCGCCCCAUGUUGAGAUACUUGUGUCAGCAGUCACCCAGAUGAAUGAGCCUGACAGUCUAUAUGGGAUUAUUCAGUCUCACAAGCUGACCUCUCAAAUAAUUACUUUUGAGCAUGAGGGUAAUUGGAGUAAAGCACUUGAAUACUAUGAUUUGCAAGUACGCUCUGAGCCAAUUGUUCAAAUAAGUGGUUCUUCCUAUUCUUCUACGAAGAAUUCUCAACAAGCUGAAGACACAUCCUUCUCUAAAACAGAACACGGCAUGAUACAAAAGAAGCCUUACAAAGGACUAAUUAGAUCUCUACAGCAAAUUGGCUGCACUCAUGUAUUGGAUGUGUAUUGUCAAGGAUUGUCUUCUCAGAAGGGUCGUUUUCAACAUGAUCUAGAAUUUACUGAUCUGCAGUAUGAAGCUGCUUGGCGUGCGGGAAACUGGGAUUUUUGUCCACUUUAUUAUGGUGCUGAUGCACAAGUUUCAUAUAAAUGUGAUGGACAUAAUUUCAAUGAAAAUUUGCACAGCUGUUUGAGAGCACUACAAGAAGGAGAGUUUGAUGAAUUUCAUACAACACUGAAAGACUCAAAGCAGGCCCUUCUAAUGUCCAUCUGCCAUUCAAGUAAGGAGAGUACUGAGUGCAUCUACUCAACCAUAGUUAAACUUCAGAUCUUUCAUCAUCUCGGAAUGGCAUGGGAUUUACGGUGGAGUUCAACAUGUGAAAAGUUUGAUUCUUCUGAGCGACAAAAAGUUUUAUCCGAACCAGUAGUGCCAUCAAUGGACCAGUUGCAAUGGCUACAUAAAAACUGGAGCUGCAUUUUGAAACAAACAGAUUUACAUAUGAAUUUGCUGGAACCGUUCAUAGCAUUUAGAAGAGUCCUGCUUCGUGUAUUAAAUUGUAUGGACAGUAUAGUGCAUCAUCUAAGGGAAUCAGCAUCAAUUCUUCGUAAGGGCUCUAGGAUUUCAGAGGCUGCUGCUGCCUUGCAUGAAUUUAAGUUUCUUUGCACUGACAAGGGAGGAGAAUUUUCUAAUUUGUACUGGCUUGGAAGGCUUGAAGAAGCUAAGCUUCUCCGGGUCCAAGGUCAGCACGAGAUCGCAGUCAACCUUGCAAAUUAUAUUUCACAAAAUCACCAGUUGAAGGAAGAAGAGGCUCCAGAUGUGUUUCGCUUAGUUGGAAAAUGGCUGGCAGAAACUCGGUCGAGCAAUUCAAGGACUAUAUUAGAGAAGUACCUGAAGCAUGCUGUUAAUCUUGCUGAGGGUCAAAAGGCUACAGACAAGUUGUCUGUAGAAAAAAGAAACCAAAUGCAUUUCCAUCUUGCACAUUAUGCAGAUGCUCUUUUUCGUAGUCAUGAAGAAAGACUUGGCUCCAAUGAGUGGCAAGUAGCAAUGCGAUUACGGAAGCACAAGAAAAAGGAGCUUGAAGCAUUAAUUAAGCGUUUUAAGAGUAUGGCCAAGGGAGAUAAAACUGAUUAUUCAUUGAAAAUACAAGAGCUGCAAAAGCAACUUGCCAUGGACAGAGAAGAAGAAGAGAAAUUACAGGAAGACAGGGACAAUUUUCUGUGUACAGCACUAGAGGGCUACAAACGAUGCUUGAUUGUUGGUGAAAAAUAUGAUGUCCGAGUGGUAUUUCGACUUGUUUCCCUAUGGUUCAGUCUCUCAACUAGACAGAUUGUCGUGGAUAGCAUGCUUAGCACUAUCAGCGAGGUGCAAUCUUACAAGUUUAUAAUAUUGGUAUACCAAAUCGCGUCACGGCUGGGUGGAGCAAAAGACUCUUUUGGACCCACUAGCUUUCAGUUUGCCUUGCUUUCUCUUCUGAAGAAGAUGGCCCUUGACCAUCCUUAUCAUACAAUAUUUCAGCUGCUAGCUCUGGCAAAUGGUGACCGGAUCAAAGAUAAACAGCGCAGUAGAAACUCAUUUGUGGUGGACGUGGAUAAGAAGAUUGCUGCGGAAGAUCUCUUGAGAGAGCUAUCAUCUCACCAUGGACCUAUCAUCAGACAAAUGAAGCAGAUGGUGGAGAUAUACAUUAAACUUGCAGAAAUGGAAACGAAGAGAGAGGAUACCAACAAAAGGGUGGCUCUACCAAGAGAAAUUCGCAGCGUUCGAGAACUUGAGCUUGUUCCUGUUGUAACAUCUAAUUUCCCUGUUGAUCGGACAUGUCAAUAUCCUCAAGGAUCUUUUCCACACUUCAGAGGGCUGGCUGAUUCAGUCACUAUAAUGAAUGGCAUAAAUGCCCCAAAAGUGGUGGAGUGCUUAGGUUCUGAUGGUAAUAAAUACCGACAGCUUGCAAAAUCUGGCAAUGAUGAUCUGAGACAAGAUGCUGUGAUGGAACAGUUUUUCGGUUUAGUUAACACAUUCUUGCAGAACAACCGUGAUACAUGGAGGAGGAGGCUCAGGAUACGGACAUACAAGGUUGUUCCUUUUACUCCCAGCGCUGGUGUUCUAGAAUGGGUGAAUGGAACUUUCCCACUUGGUGAAUAUCUUAUUGGAAGCUCCAGAAACGGAGGUGCUCAUGGACGUUAUGGAGCAGGAGAUUGGACAUUUAUGGAAUGCCGGCAGCACAUGUCUGCGGAAACCAACAAGCGGAAGGCGUUCCAAGAAGUCUGCAAGAAUUUCAGGCCGGUCAUGCAUUACUUCUUCUUGGAGAGGUUUUCCCAUCCUGCUGACUGGUUCGACAAGAGGCUUGCAUAUACAAGAAGCGUAGCGGCAAGUUCAAUGGUGGGUUAUAUUGUAGGAUUAGGAGACCGACAUUCGAUGAAUGUCCUGAUUGAUCAAGCUACUGCAGAAGUUGUUCAUAUUGAUCUAGGAGUCGCUUUUGAGCAAGGCCUGAUGCUGAAAACACCUGAACGAGUACCGUUUAGGCUGACGAGAGACAUCAUAGAUGGUAUGGGUGUAACUGGGGUGGAAGGAGUUUUCAGAAGAUGUAGCGAGGAAACUCUCUCUGUAAUGCGAACAAAUAAAGAAGCAUUGCUUACAAUUAUUGAGGUUUUUAUCCAUGAUCCUUUAUAUAAGUGGGCUCUAUCGCCUCUAAAGGCUAUGCAACGUCAAAAGGACAUUGAUGACGAUUUAGAUGCCAGCUUAGAAGACUCGGAUGACGAUGAGUAUGAAGGGAAUAAAGAUGCUGCAAGAGCCUUGUUGCGUGUCAAACAAAAGCUAGAUGGAUAUGAAGAUGGUGAAAUGAGAAGUGUUAAUGGACAGGUACAACAACUUAUACAAGAUGCGAUUGAUCCAGAUCGAUUGUGCCAUAUGUUUCCUGGAUGGGGAGCAUGGUUGUGAUAGCCUGUACCUUCUCAGUUUUGAAGUUCGUAUCGAAAUCCUUUUUUCUUUUUCCUUUUUUUUUUUUUCGGGAGGCAAAAUUUUGUGCUGUAGAGUGGAAUGGGGUUUGUCUCAAUGUGAAGAGAGAAGUUGGAGGUUCGAUAUUUGUUUGGGUGCAUGUGUACAAGGCCAAUUAAAAAAAUAAUAAAAAUAUAUAUUGAUUUUUGAAAUGUAAUUUUGUGUACAUAUAUUAAUAUUUUAGGAUUAUAUUUUAGAAGAAAUUACUUAUUGA